AUGAAUUUAUGGUCAGAUUCAUGUUCUGCUGAGACCACCAAUGUGUACACUCCUCAAGUAGCAGAUGUGUUGAAGCCUGCAAAAAGCCUUGAAUUUAGAACACUAGAUGAAGUUUUUGAAUUUUACAACAAGUAUGCUUUUGAAGCUGGGUUUAGUGUUCGGAGAAGUACUACUGCCAGGAGUAAAGAUGGUUCUGAAAUUAUAAGACAAGAAUUUUGUUAUCGCAAAGAAGGGCAUACAAAGAAGAAAAUGCCUCAGCCAAAAAGACGGAAAGGGAUUAUAAGAACAGGUUGUCUAGCAAAGAUUGCAGUUGUGAAGAGAUCUAGCAUAUAUGUAGUCACCCAAUUUACGGAGGCUCAUAACCAUCCUUUGACAACUCCAGAGAGAGUUCAUUUGUUACCAUCUCAUCGUCAAGUUUCAAAUGCUACCAAAUGCUUAACCAUGGAACUUGGAUUGGUAAAUAUUCCUACCCACCAACAAAUCAGUUUGCUUGAAGUUCAAUCAGGAGGAAUUGAGAAUAUGGGUUGCACAGGGAAAGAUAUAUACAAUUAUGGAAGAGAUAAGAGAGAAGAGUUGAAGGGACAUGAUGGAGAUAUGUUGUAUGCUCAUUUUUUAUCACAGCAGGAGAAGAAUUCAUUUUUCACUUUCAAGAUAGAGGAAGACAAUGAAAAUAGAAUCAAACAUUGUUUUUGGGCAGAUGCGACCUCCAGGAGGGCUUAUAGUUUCUUUGGGGAUGUAGUUAUCUUUGAUACAACAUACAACACUAACAAAUAUCGGCUGAUAUUUGCACCACUAUUAGGGGUUAACCACCAUGGCCAGACUAUUAUGUUUGGUUGUGCAUUCUUAGGUGAUGAAUCCACAGAGUCGUUUGUUUGGCUACUCAAUACAUUCUUAGAAGUAAUGCCAGGAGGAAGUCCCCCAAAAAUGAUAAUUACUGAUCAAGAUCCUGCUAUGAAGAUUGCCAUUGCCCAAGUUCUUCCUAACACAUUCCAUAGGUAUUGCAGCUGGCACAUAUUAAAUAAGUUUUCUGAAAAGAUAGGUGCUGUCAAAUGUAAUGAUUAUUAUGAUGCCUUUAGAAGCUGUGUAUGGAACUCGGAGAUGACAGGAGAAUUUGAUAAGAAGUGGAAGGAAGUUGUUGAGAGGAGUAGCUUAAGUGACAAUGGAUGGCUUCAAUCAAUUUAUGACAUUCGAGCAUCAUGGGUGCCUGCAUACUGUAAUCACAUUUUCUCGGCUGGAAUGUCAAGUAGCCAACGUGCUGAAAGUUGUCAUUCAUUUUUCAAGAACUAUGUUGACCACAAAAAUUCAUUACUAGACUUUGUGAUUCGCUUUAAUAGAGGACUUGUACAUCAACGUCAUCAAGAGUUAGUUUCUACCCAUAUUGAUGCGAAUGAAGAGCCUCAAUUGAAUACUCCUCAUCCUAUGGAAUCUCAAAUGUCUGGAAUUUAUACUCGUGCAUGUUUCAACUUAUGA